AUGGGACGACAAGUUACGUCAAAUACAAUGAAUCUACGUCAAAUAUUAAUACCAUCCCGAAUAAAACCACAGGUUGUACACCAUUCCGACUACUUUAUGGAACCACGAUUCAGAGGACCAUUCAUCAUCACCAAAGUCCUGCCAAAUGAUCGUUAUGUAAUUGAAGACUUACCUCAUGCCGAGCGAACGCAACGUCACUACAAAGCCGUAUUUGCAUCAGAUCAACUUAAAACUUGGUGCAUGUUACCACCAGAUGAUCCAGACGACAUAGACAACGAAGAUGAGAGCACCAUGGGCGAGGGCGCCACAUUGGGUCAGGAAAGCCGACUGUAAGCGAUGGCAACUCUGUUGCCCAUCAAGUGUCAAAUAAAAUAAAGCAAG